CUUGCAUUUAUCAUCUGCAACAUUUUUAUCGUUUUUGAGCUUUUCACAUCAAAAGCUCUUGCAGCUAUGACGAUAGCUCAAUUUCAGCAAACAGUGAAAACGAUUCGUGCUACUUGUAGUGCAAAGUACAAUCUCUCGGAUGAAUUAAUUGACGGUUUAAAGAAGGGUAAAUUUAUAGAAAGCAAUAAGGAGCUGAAAUCUUAUGUAUUUUGUGUAGCACAAAUGUCAGGAAUAUUGUCAAAAAGGAAUGAAGUCAACGAACAGAAAAUGAUGAGUCAAAUCGAAAAUUUACUUCCUGAAGAGUAUAAAGAUCAUUCGUUAACUGUAUGGAAUGCAUGUAAAAAAACACAACAAGGCAUACCUGAUAAGUUUGAUAGAAUUUUCAAAUUAACUAAAUGCUUUUAUGAUGUCGAUCCUGCAAAAUUUAUUUUCCCUUAA